CAGGUGCCCGCGCCCUGUCGCCCGCCCGGCAGGAAGUGGCAGAGGCUGCGGGGGAGCGGCGGGCGGGGAGGCGCGGCACCCGAGCCCUAGCGCGGAGCCAGUCCCCAUGGCGGCGCCGGUGCCCACGGGCCCCGAGGACGAUGCCUCGGCCGUCCUGGACGAGCUGUCUCGGAACUUCACGUACUGGGCGCCGGGCCCGGGCAACGGCUCACUGUCGAGCGCCUGGUACCGCAGAAACCAGGUUCACCUUUUUGGAGUGUUGCUGGCUAUUUUAGGAAACGUGGUUAUCAGCAUUUCCCUAAAUAUCCAGAAAUACUCUCACCUUCAUUUGGCCCAGAAGGAGCACCCGAAGCCGUACUUUAGGAGUGCGCUCUGGUGGAGUGGCAUCCUGCUGAUGGCCGUAGGAGAAACAGGCAAUUUUGCAGCCUACGGCAUUGCCCCCAUCACUCUGAUUGCGCCAUUGGGAUGUGUGUCGGUCACAGGUAGUGCCAUAAUUUCCGUUGUAUUUCUAAAAGAAAAUUUGAGAGCCUCGGAUUUACUAGGUAUGACCCUGGCAUUUGCAGGAAUGUAUUUAUUGGUGAAUUUUGCUCCAAACAUGACCCAGGCGAUCUCAGCAAGGACAGUACAGUAUUAUUUUGUUGGCUGGCAGUUCCUGGUCUACGUGAUUUUAGAAAUCCUAGUUUUCUGCAUCCUUCUGUACUUUCAUAAGAGAAAAGGAUUGAAGCACCUUGUGAUCCUGCUCACCCUGGUGGCACUCCUCGCCUCAUUGACUGUGAUUUCAGUGAAAGCCGUCUCGGGCAUGAUCACUCUUUCUGUGACGGGGAAAAUGCAGCUGACUUACGCCAUCUUCUAUAUCAUGCUUGUCAUCAUGAUAGCCUCUUGUGUUUUCCAAGUCAAGUUCCUGAACCAAGCCACAAAACUCUACACAACAACCACAGUGGUCCCAGUCAACCAUGUUUUCUUCACAACCAGCGCCAUCAUUGCAGGCAUCGUAUUUUACAAGGAAUUCCUUGGUGCUGCUUUUCUUACUGUAUUUAUAUAUCUUUUUGGGUGCUUUCUGUCAUUCCUUGGUGUAUUUUUGGUGACAAGAAAUAGAGAAAACGAACAUCUACAACAGUCUUUUAUUGAUUUUGGGAAUAUUCCUGGGAAACAAAUGUUGGACAAAAUACAGCCAGAUUCAAAUGGCACAUCCUAUGGAACCUUGCCUGAUGGAAGCAACCCAACACAGAGCCAGAGUGGAGAGAAGAAAGAAGCCUAAAGCGCCGAGAGGGAUGGCUGUUGGCCUGUUACUCGAUACCACCUUUUUAAAACAUUGCACAUGUUCAGUUUGUGUCAGCAGCUAUUUCACGCUGACGUGCGCGCAUUCGAUUCAGGCCUCCCCCCCCCCCCCCACUGUGGACAAUCAGGGCCCUCCUAAUCUCUAACAGUCUAAUGCUUUUAUGGAAUGAAACUCGAAGUGCUCCCCACGCCCUGCAUCUCUCCCUAGCGAGCAUCUAACCAGCUGUGUCUUCAUGCGAGCCUGGAUGCUUGAGCAGAUGCCACACGGAAAUGUGCACUCAAGAUCUGGCCAUCAAAGGCGUAGGUCGCUCCUCCAUGUGGCUCGCGGGAUCAGCUUGCUGGCUUCAAGACACCCUCUGCUGCCACAACCUGUCUUUCAGGAAGGGUUUGAUGUGGUCCUCUCGGGCUUCUUCUGUGGACAUUUCCCUGUCAGGAUGGCGAAUUGUCUUUGUGGAAAACCAACUCUGUUGAAAUCCUCCUUUGAAAAUGAAGAGCCUUGUUUAGAAACAGACUCUACAAGCGGUAUUCUGUUAUGAGAUAUACUAAAAACUCCAAGGCCUGGCUUCUGACUUUUUUUUUUUUAGCUUUGAAAAAAACUGUAUGCUGGGCAGUGAUGGCUGGGGAGACACAGGCAGGUGCAUCUCUGAGUUCAAGGCCAGCCUGGUCUACAGAGCUAGUUCCAGAACAGCCAGGGCUACACAGAGAAACCCUGUCUCAAAAAACAAAAACAAACAAACAAACAAAGGGGGGGGGACACAUUUAAGACCUAAAACUGUGGUCACACCUCUGGCAUAUGUACUAAAAUUCCAACAGCACAUAUUUUACCAUGGUUUUUUUGUUAAAUGUGACACACAAAUUUAUAAAGUGUUAAAGAUUUUGCCACAAUGUUUAUUUUUUUCAAUAAAAUUCUAGAAUGGUAGCAUUUUCUCCAGCCUUAUGAUCCUAUCAUAUUUUUUCAAUAAAAUUCUAGAAUGGUAGCAUUUUCUCCAGCCUUAUGAUCCUAUUAUAUUUACAUUGAAACUGAAGAAAAAACUUUAUGAUACGCCUUAAAUUGUUGCAGGUCUUAUACUUUAUCUGGUAGAUUUCUAUACUUUAACUUCCAAUACAAUUCUCGAAAUGGCAUUUACAUUCUUGGAAUAUUCCCCCAAGUCCUCUGAAGCUUUGCCAGUUCUUCUAGAAAAGGAAAAUCAUGAUCAGAGGACUGGGUUUCUGCUCCUCAAAUCUGGCCAUUGAAUGUAGCCUAUAGAGGACCCAUGGCUCGUGUGAAUCCCUUGCUGCCACUCAGCGCGUUCUACUAACAUACAUUUGCCUGCAGAAUCUGUAGUAACUUUUAUUAUUUAUGCUGUACCUAGUAUUCAAACAAUAAGAAAAGAGUACACAUUUAUUGUAACCAAAUAAUAAGGCCCAUCCUUCAUGACACUUGAAUCGUCCACCCAGUGUCGCUGAAGACUUAGUGCAUGGCACUAAACUUGGAGAUAACGAGAUGCUAAUCCUGUUUCUAGUCUUUUAAUGUUUUCUUUAUUAUAACCUGAACUCUGACCAAACUAGAAUAACCCAAAGCCUAUCCCUGACUGCAAAUCCUUACUAACAGUUCCUGCCACUGUGAAAAGUGUCCCAUCAAUCUGGAUGCAACAGUCGUAAAAUUAACGACAUAUUUUACUGAAUGAGUAUAGCUUGUUGACUCUAAGCAGCUCAGCUAAGUUAUGGAUCUGGUGCCUUAAAUGAUGGAUUUCUAGUAAAUCUUGACAUUGGUUUCAAAGACUGUGAAGCAGCUAAACCAAAGAGUUUUCCUUGAACUAGGACCACAUUUCAUAAGUACAACACCCAGUUUUGAGCACUGUAGAGUUCUGCAGACACAAACUUUAACAACAAUGUGUUGGUACUCUCCAGCGUUUGCAUUUAAGGUUUUGAGAGAUGAAAUUCAUCUAUGUGAUACAGAAAUGCUUUUGAAAUCAUGGUUAGAUAUAUUAUAUUCAGAUCUGAUUUUACUAAUUGUGGUGGGCCAAACCAAGGUGGGGAGAAGUUUUAAUUGACUGGCUCAGAGGGUGUUUCUCUUUCUCUCUUCAUGCUCAGUGCCUGAUGACAACCAUGGCCAACCCACCCCCUUUUCUGAAAUUGUAGGCUGGGAACCCCUGGCCAACAUUUGGCUCAUCUGGCUAUUUGUCUAGACCAAGGACUGGUUUUUUCAGCAAAGACUUAAAAAGUAAAUAUUCGGGGAUUUGUGUUGUCCAUAUGGUAUCUGUCCCUCACUGCUCAGCUACUCCAUCAAAGCACAAAUGUAGCCACAGACAAUACGUAAACAAAUGGGAAUUGAUGUACAUCAGUAGUUAGUACCAAAAAGUAAUUAGUAGCCAAUCCGUGUUGCCAAGCCCUGGUCCAGACUCCUUUGCCUUUGCUAUGCUACUUUUUUUUUUUUUUUUCUUGUUUCUUGAGCUCUGGAGAGCUAAAAAGAAAAACCCUGACACUUCAUGGUUUGUGACAAAUCAGAUGCUUGGUAUUUACAUUAGGAUCAUUUUUGCUUGUGUAAGAAAUAAAUGGAUUUGU